GGAUUUUGUACCAGGGCUACUGGUAAAGCUCAAAACCACUGCUAAACUAGUAGUCUAGAUAUCGAGUUGUAGAACCUGUUGUAGACAACGUCGGCAGAAACAUCAUCGCCUUUCUUUAUUACUGCCGCAUUCCAAUUGUCUCUUUCCAUCAACAGUCCAGAGGAUUCCUUGAGUAGGACAUUCCAAAUUUCUUUUUGUUAGCCACCUUCAAAUCUGCUCGAAUUGAAUUGAAUCGAUAAUGGGAUCUUCAGCGUCUAAGCAGCAGCACAAGGAGAAGGCGUCGCCGGAAGGAAUCCAGGUGAUUUGUGCUGGCCUCGGGCGCACUGGGACUCUCAGUUUGACAGAAGCCCUCAAACGCUUGGGGUACAAGCCCUAUCAUUACUUGGAUGUCUCGCACAGCGCUGCUUGGUGUCAAGUUGCCGAGACCCAGGGUAAAGAUGCCCGUGCCAUUGAAACGGUACUGACUAAAAUUGAACAGGAUGGAUACACGGCCACGUUGGAAAAUCCCACAUCGGAUAUUUACCAAGACAUACUCGCCAAGUAUCCCAAUGCCAAGGUUGUUUUGACGGUGCGUGAUUCCCCGCAAGCCUUUGUCAAGAGUUGGAAACUCCUGUUUGAUACCAUGGUGGUGACGGAGCAAACUUUUUCCUGGACUUUUCCUAGUUUCUUGGGUUACAUUCCCCUCUUUCGUGAUUUGAAAAAGAUUCGGCACUUUAUGGGGACGACCCAUUUAGGUUUGGAGCCGGGAGCCUUGACGCAUGGGUGGCGAGACAGAGGAGACAACAGCGAUGAAUGGUUGGCCGAACAAUACGAACGACACAACCAGCAUAUUAUGGAUCAUGUCCCCAAGGAUCAAUUGCUCGUCUUUAAUGUGAAACAAGGCUGGGAACCGCUAUGCGAAUUUCUUGGAAAGGAGGUCCCGCCGAAGGACGAGCCAUUUCCACAUUGCCAGAUCAACAAUGCCGCUUCCUUGAAAGCGCUGAAGAAACAAUUUGUCUGGGUUGUGUACGGUUGGAUCCCCGUGCUCGUGCUGUCAACAGCUGCAGUGGUGGUGUGGUCAUCACAAGAGCGACCGAGGGGCAAAGGAACGGUCUAACUAAAAUACCUGUAAUACCGGUAUCUUGCCGGCUUGAUCAAAACUACAGUUCCGGUAUAAUGCUGAAUUUGGACGCAGCCUAACUUUUGGAUAUAGCAAUCAAACACAAAACCC